AUGCAUUUCCUAGGCAGACUCAUUUCGAUUACGAUCAGUUACUCUCUAUUCAUAGCAUUGAUUGAGCGAGCAUACACUAUCUUCAUACGGCUUUAUUUUUCCAAGGUGCAGCGAAAGUCGAAGGGUGUUCUCACAACUGCACGACCCGUCGAAGACAUUCAAACACUUCAUGCUUUCGAUUACAGAGCCGUGGAGCCUAUCAAAUACCGUCCGUUUGCAAAGAAGCAACAUGUCACUAUGGGAAUUAAGAAAUCCACUAAGCAGGACUGGAUCAGGAUCGACCGCAACUAUCUGGAACGGACAGCUCUGCGAAAAAAGCUGUUGGCAGAACAUACAGAUAUAUGCGUGGGAACCAGCGAGACAGCCAAUCCCGCUGUUCGCGAGCUCUACGAAGAAAUCAUGCUAGACUUACUUCCCAAACGAUUCCCAUCAAUGUUCGGAAUCAAAGGCGAUAUGUUCCACAACCUCGCCAACGGCACGCGGCAUUGCAUUUCGUCAGCACUACAAGAUCAUGCGAGCAUGCUUCGGCACCUGGCAGAGAAUGUAGAAGAGGAUUUCUACUUUAUGGUUCCAGACGCGCAAGAUGAAUUUGUGCUUCAAGGGUUUGUCGCAUGUUUUCCGCAGGGUCUCCUACCUUCUGCAAAAGUAGGGAUGUCAGUUAGCGAAAUUCAUAAGCCUGUGCCGGGCUACGAAGGCCGCUUGAAGAAAGGUGUGAACCGAUGCUUCGAGAGGAUGGAGCGCGGACAGUCGGUUGGACGGUUGAAUUGGGCCAUUCAGAGCAAUCACUCCCAACUUUUUCUCCCAUUCGACGGCGCAAAUACUAUCAAAACAGACGACAGUCCAUGCGCUAAGGCCGAAUUCGAUCCUUCCGCUUCCUUUCUGCGCGCUGAGCAUCACACUCUUACCUGCCUCCCACGCACUGGAACCAUCGUCUUCGCCGUUCGCAGCUAUCUGACCCCAUUGACUGAGAUCAGGGAAGAAGGGUCCGGCCUCACGCUUGCUGAAGCAUGUGACUCUAUGCCUGAGAAAUUCGGUAUCUACAAGAAUCGGCCAACCUGGGGCCAGAGAGUUUGUGCCUGGCUAAGGGAAGAGGAUUCCGCUACCGACAAGCAUGAUCUCCGCGCAUCGCCGACCACCAAUCCUUCAGGGUCAUGUCCUUUUGCACAAUCACGCGAACCUGACACGAGUGCGUCAUGUCCGUUUGCGCCAUGA